AUGCGAGCAUCACGCCAGAAUGUAGACCUAGGCAUACCGGCCCCUAAGGAGGUUUACAACUACCGUGUUUAUGUCCUCGCUUUGAUCAGCAGCAUUGGCGCGGUCAUGUUUGGGUAUGAUCUCGGAUUUAUAGGAACCGCGCUUGAGCUGGAAUCUUUCAAGGAGGACUUCGGACUCGUCCAUGCGUCUGCAUCUGAAAAGUCUGCUUUCGCCGCCAAUGUCGUCUCGCUUCUGCAAGCAGGCUGUAUUCUUGGAUCUCUUGCGGCCGGACCGCUCAGUGACCGAUAUGGGAGACUCAUCACCCUCUUUGCCACGGCUGUCUUCUUCAAUGUGGGGUCGGCCAUCCAGACCGGCGCUCGUGGAUCCGAGGCUCUUAUGCUUGUAGGAAGAGGAAUUGGCGGCAUUGGCGUCGGAGCUGCAAGCAUGAUUGUCCCCCUUUAUGUUGCUGAAGCAGCUCCGCCGCACAUUAGAGGCCGGCUUGUCGGCCUCUAUGAAGUUGGAGUGUCGAUGGGCACUAUGAUUGGCUUUUGGAUUAACUAUGGCCUUGCAAAUAACCUUCCGCCGACGUCGACCCAAUGGAUGGUUAGUUUUGCCGUCCAAUUAAUCCCAGGAGGGCUAUUGAUGAUUGGGAUUUUCUUCAUUCCAGAGUCGCCUAGAUGGCUUGCAAGGGAAAAAGGUCGAGAAGCCUGUUUACAAGUCCUGCAGCGGCUCCGAAACCUUCCAGAUGAUCAUCCAUACCUUCUCGAAGAAGCUCACAGUAUUUUCCAGCAGCUCGAACAUGAAGAAGCAAUAGUCGAAGGAAAUGGGUUCAAGUCCAUCGUGAGGGAAAUUGCGAAGGCAGGAAACAGAAGGCGCUUGGGAAUUGGUGCCCUGAUGUUCAUCUUCAUGCAGAUGGCUGGAUCGAACGCCAUCAAUUACUACUCGCCUGCCAUCUUCAGAAGCAUUGGCCUAACGGGAACGAAUACCGGCUUAUUUGCCACUGGCAUAUAUGGUGUUGUUCGGUUUGUAGCAAUUAUGAUCUCUAUGCUACUCGUCGUCGACCGUUUUGGCCGGACGAAGACGCUCAUGGCAGGAAGCGCAGUUAUGGCAUUCUCAAUGUGGUUCAUCGGAGCUUAUAUCAAAAUCGCUGCGCCUCCAGCCAGUGGAUCAACGCAGAUAACAGCUGGCGGCUAUGCAGCGGUUGUCAUGAUUUACGUCUACGCCAUUGGUUGGUGCUUUUCCUGGGCCGGCAUCCCCUGGAUUUACGCCGCAGAGAUCUUCCCGCUUCGUAUCCGGUCGCCUUGUAUCUCUCUUUGUGUGGCCAUCCACUGGAUCAUGAACUUCGUCAUUGCACGGAGCGUUCCGUACAUGAUCACCAACAUUGGGUACGGCACAUACUUUUUGUUCGCGGCAUUCAUGACAAUCGCCAUUCCGUGGGUGUUUUUCUCUGUCCCCGAGACUAAAAAUGUCAGCCUGGAGGAUAUAGAUGCGCUAUUUGGCAUGCCACCGGUGGAUCACUUAUACUAUGAUGGCAAUGACGCUAAGGCAGAUGAGGAGAAGGGUGGGAUAACACACGUAGAGCAAUAUGCUCGCUCUACGCCUUAG